AUGAAUCAAACAGGCAUUCGUACAGAACCUACAAAUAGUGUUCAAGAAGUAAUGCAACUUUUAUUUAUUGGUGUGAAUUUUGACAUCAAAUUUAUUGAUUUUGAAUUGCCCAUAAUAAGUAGACCCCAGUUUGUGAUGGAUAUGAAUGCAUUGGGGAUACAAAGCACAACAGUGGACAUGUUAUCAAACUUAAGGGAUCAUAAUUCAGAAAUGUUUCUUGAAGCAGAAGUUAAUGGCAACACUCAGAAAACUUUCAUUCGUGGAAUUUUGAACACAUCAUUGAAAUCAUUCGCUUCAUAUGAAUCUAAUGUUCGUUAUUGUUAUGAUGUGUUAUGCUUAUAA